AUGUCUUUUGUUGGAGCCCUCGAGGUAUGGUAUGAGCAUUCUAAAACAGUUAUGUCUAGCGUUCUUGCCAUUGUCUUGCCUACUCUCGCUUCUGCACUGACGCUCGACACUCCCAUUGGUUUGACUUCAGGUGGGGAGGCUACUUUUGUAUGGACAACUGAGGCCGGUGACCCCUCGACCUUCGCCUUGGAUAUUACCAAUGCACAAUUACGCACCUCGUUAGCUAUUGCCAACAAUGUGCAGAGCAGCCUGAAUUCCUUAACCAUAAAAUUUCCCAUUGUUCCUGCUAGCAACAACUAUGUUGCAGAAGCAGUUUCCCCCGACGACAUCAAUAUUAUUUACGCGACUAGUGGUGAAUUCGCAAUUUCUCAGGCCGCGACUUCAAGCUAG